CUCCACCCCCAUCUCCCCCAAAGCGCAGCUCCCACUAACACACACACGGAGCCCACCAGUCUGCUCACACACACACUCUCAACGCAGCUUAGCAGCGCGGCGACCGAAAACAAGCCCCUCCAGCGAUCCGACCCGCAGAACUCAGAACACCCCCCCGACCCGGAGGAAGCAUGGAAGGGAAACUCGCUCGCUUGCUCUGCGUCCUUGUGGUGGCAGCUGCAGCCUUGCAAGCCGGGCAGGCCGUGGUCCAGGUCUCUGUCCCUCAGGAGGUGGACGCAGAGCUGGGGAAGUCUGUCAGCAUCCCCUGCACCUACUCCUCAGGCAGCAAGACAAGCAACGUGAUCGUGGAGUGGUUCAUCACGGAGCGCGGGGGGGACAGACAGCGCGUUGCCUAUCGCAGCUCCUCGGACUCCGGCACAGAUAAGAACACAGAGCUGUCAGGCCGGGUCAGUGUGGACCAGGACUCCUCUCUCUCUCUCAGCGCUGUGGAGAUCGGGGAUGAGAGAGACUUUCACUGCCAGAUCACUGCGGGACCGGCGGGGAGCGGAGAGGGCAGCGCACACCUGCGAGUUUACUCUGCCCCACAGACCCCUGAAGUCAGCCCCCAAACCAAGAUCAUCUCAGUGACUGACCUUUCAGUGUCAGAGGUCAGCACUUGCACCAGCAAGAAUGGAAACCCCGCCCCCAAAAUCAUCUGGUACAAAGACUCCACCCCCCUUCCUGAGGUCACAGAGAGCAACGACAAUAUGUACAUGGUGCCUCGUGUAGUGAAGGAAUCGUCUGGUCUCUACACCGUCACCAACACACUGUACUUCAAAACCAGUAAGGAGGACAAAGACUCCGAGUUUCACUGCCAGGUGGAGUACAACAUGCCAGGGGGUAGGAUGGAAACCAAGGCCUCCCCCAAAUUCAACCUGUCCCUGCACUAUUACACGGAGGAAGUGACCUUUGCUGUGGUGACCCCGAAAAAGGUGAAGGAGGGCGAUGAUGUCAUUCUGAAGUGUAAGGCAGACGGUUUCCCUGAACCAGAGUACGAGUUAACAAAGAUUCAGUCGGACGGCAGCAUUGUGGAAAAGGGCACCUUCUCCGGAACGUUCACCCUCCGCUCGGUAACCCGCGACGACGGGGGCAAGUACCGCUGCGAGGCGCUGGAUUUCGAUUCGCCCGCAGAGGUCAAACUGAAGAAGGAAGUCACUCUGUUAGUCCACUAUCUGGACCCGGUCACUGUGUCUCCCUCCAGCUCCGUCUCAGUUCCUCUAGGGGGCAGUUUGGAGCUGGGCUGCACCACCACUGGCUCGAAGACACCCUCUUUCAUGUGGAAGAAGGGCUCCCAGGUGGUCUCCCAGUCUACUCCGCUAGUCCUGAAGGAGGUCUCGUUCGAUGCAGCAGGCAGCUACAGCUGUGUGGCCAGCGUGCCCGGCGUCUCUGGACUGGUCAAGGAGGCCAACGUCACCGUCACUGUUACUGGAAAAGUCCAGAUCGUUCACCUGCCCUACAGCGGCCAGGUAUCAAAAGAAGGGGAGCUCCUCACUCUGUCCUGCACGGCUCAGGGUCACCCCGAACCCCAAAUCUCAUGGACCCCCGCUGGACUGGAGGCUAUCAGCUCAGUGACAGGGAACAAAGUGACCAGCACCGUGACCCUGCCAGUGACCCCCAUGCUGGUGGACAGCGGGGUCACCUGCGAGGCCAGCAACGAGCACGGCUCAAGCAGCAAGAAGUUCAAAGUGACGAUCUACAAAGAAACUCCAACAGUCACUCCUCCUGUAGAUACUGAAGUGGACCCCAUACACAAGACAGCGAAUCGUCAGGAGCAGGGAGGCAGCAGCGCGGCAGUCAUCGCAGUCGUGGUCUGUGUCCUGUUGCUCCUCAUUCUCGUCGGCUUCCUCUACUUCCUUCAGAAGAAGGGCAAGCUGCCCUGCGGCCGGCAGGGGAAGGAAGACAUUGUGAACACAGAGCCUAACGCAGACGAGAUAGUUGUGGAGAUGAAGUCUGGCAAACCCAACGAGGAGGCGGGACUUCUGGACUCCAGCGGGCGCCAGAGGCCAAUGCGAGAUCAGUGAUGAGGACAAAAAAAAAACACAAAGCCUCUUAAAGGCAGUGGAGAAUUCUGGGGGAAAAGUUUAAUAAAACUGGUGGCGCGUCGAAAGGGCACCACCUAGCUGUGAAAACCAAGACUGACCUUCCCAGUCAAGACCACACCCUCCAUCACAGGAGAGAAAACAAGACAAGAAACUGUUCUGUUUGAUUUUUUUUUUGUUUUUGUUUUUUUUUUUUGUUUUAUCUGACAAGAUUUGUUGGAAGACAAAAGAAGUUCAACGCUGUCUGCCACCGACCUAGUCCUUUUUUUCCAUCAAAUUCCAUUUUAUAAUGAAUUCCUGAUUCCAAUUCCUUCGAGGGCACUGGAAUUGAUGUUUUAUAGACGUCAUAAUAACCGCUGUGAUCACUCAACUGCUUCCAUUUAAAGACCUUCAAUCGAAGGGAAAGCGCUGUCACUGUGGCAAGAAUCUCUAUUAUAACAGAAUGCUGCAGAAUUGCGAUUUUGAUCAGCGCUGUGCUGGAAUUGAUUCAAAUGUAAUGGGAAUUUGGAAUUGGGAAUUAGGAAUUGAUUUUAAAGCAGAAUUGGAAUUGGAAAAACAGGCACGGAUCCCACUUCCUAACACCAUUAUCUCCCAGUUGUAAAUACUGAAGCUUGACCGUGUCUCUAUCGAUGCAUGCAGUCCUGCAGGGAGCCUGUCUGAAUUAACACUGUAUCUAGACCUGCACUGUAACUGUUCAAACAGCUAAAACAAUUGUGUGUAAUUGUCUAUAUAUAUAUAUGACAUUUAACAGUACACAGAUCUUUUAAACUAGUGUCACCCAUUGCAAUUAUGAGUUCUGCUGUCUUGUUUUUGUAUAAUGGCUUGAGAAAUGAACAAGAAAAUAUGAGCGAUUUUAUCUUUUGGCGCAUUUUAUUAUUAUUACUUUAUCGAUAUUUAAAGAUAGUGUAUUUUUUCAAAGAACUGGACAAUGCUGUCGAUACCACAGCAUGAGAUAGCACCCCCCCUUCCCUUUUCUUUCUCUUCUUUUAAAACCAUCCCGUCCAAACUGGUGAAGCUCGCAUCAGUACUGCUGUGUCUGUCCAACGCACGUGCGUGUGUGUGUGAUGUUAAACGUUCAUCCUCGAUGUCUGCAUUUCUAAAAGGCUGGGCGCCGGUUGCUAGGGCGACCAAUGGGCUAGCAAUGCAAGUGUCACGUGACCCCCCCACUCUAGAACUACUCUGUAUAGUUGAAACACAAAAUCCACUUUAUUGAUGUGCUCCAUAUAAAAUAAUCUCCACCCAUUGCUUCUCCCUUCCUAUUAUUAUUACCACUGGAAACUAGUGUGCUUUGCAUUUUAUUUUAACAUGUUUGUAAUUGUUAAAAAUAAAAGAUUGUGAAAAAUGCAAUGUGGAUUCCAUCCAAUUUAGUUCUGGGUUUCAUUCAAAUUUUGACCUUUCUUUUACUGGAUCGUUUUUUUUUUUUUUUUUUUUUUUUAAUAUAGAAAUAUGCUUUAUUUUCUGCUGCUUUACCGUUUUUUAGGUUGCAAUAUUAUUUGUGUUGUUUUUGUAAGCCUGUGUGUGUGUUUUCAGGUAAAAGUCGCACGACCUUGCUGUAAAAAAAAAAAAAAAAAAAAAAAAAAUAAUGGAAAUGCUUCUGAAGAAAAAAUAUCCACAAAAGAUGUAAAUAAACUGGUUCGUCCCCGAAA